CAUCGGCUGGGUUCUCUCCAAUCUUAUAGAUAGCCUUUCAGUGCAGCAGGCCUUGGGGAAUAUCGACAGCAAUUAGUCAAGGCGCACACCAAGGCAAAUCAAAGCACAGUCGCCAAAAAAAUCCGCACAAUCUUAUCCCAGUAUUUUCCCCUCUUGCGUACGUCUUAGCACACAUGUCUUCUCUCAAAGUUCUCAUCUCGGGCGGGGGCGUCGGCGGGCCGGCCCUUGCAUUCUGGUUAUCGAAACUCGGCCACGAUGUGACCAUCCUCGAGCGGUCUUCUAGCUUGCGAGUCCAAGGCCAGCAAAUCGACAUUCGCGGCCAGGGAGUCGAAGUGAUCCGUCGCAUGGGCCUGGAGCACUUGAUCCGCGAUAAAGGUGUCAAUGAGGCCGGCAUCACCUUUGUCGACAGGAAAGGAAAUCCGCAAGCGACUUUUGAAGCAAAUAAGACGGGCAUCGGCAGGCAGUCGUUUACGUCCGAGUUCGAGAUCAUGCGCGGUGACCUUGUCCGGAUCCUUUUCCAAAAGACGAAAGAACUUGGCGUCAAGUACAUCUUUGGCACCACCAUUGAGUCUUUCGAGCAGGACUCGGACUCGGUCACGGCUCAUCUGUCAGAUGGCACCACGGACACUUUCGACCUCCUCGUCGGAGCAGAUGGCCAGAGUUCCAAGACCCGAAGGCUGAUGCUCGGUACCGGCGCGAAGGAUCCAUUUUACUCUCUCGGUAUGCACAUGGCGUUUUAUACCAUCCCGAGGUGGAAGACGGACACCAAUUACGCCACUGUCUGCAUCUUCCUUGGGAAACGAAUGAUGAUGACGAGAAACGACAACCCGGAGACGACCCAGGCUUACCUUGCCGUCUGCCCAACUGACGAGAAGACCGAGAAGCUGCUCACAGACGCCGAGAACAGCCGUGACACGAACCAGCAGAAACAGGUUUGGUCGGAGCUGUUCAGGGGGGCUGGGUGGCAGUCGGAUCGCUUCAUCGACGCUCUACAGGACGAUGGCGUAUCGAACAACUUCUACAGCGUGCACGUUGGGCAGAUCCGGAUGGACAAGUGCUACAACAAUCGCGUGGUGCUCGUAGGCGAUGCAGGGUACGCACCGAGCCCUCUCACCGGCCGCGGAACAACCUGCGCGUUCGUUGGGGCGUACGUCCUGGCAGGGGAGAUCUCGAAGCACUGCUCGGCGUCUUCGGGCAAGGCGGCCGAUGGAGUGCCGGGUGCCCUCGAGGCCUUCAACGAGCAAAUCCUAGCAUUGACGAAAUCGGUCCAGAACAUUUCGAUAAAGCCGUCUAAGCUCUACCCCAACUCUCAAUGGAUCAUCACCAUCUUGUACAAGAUUUUGUGGUUGGUGACGGCGCUGAGGAUCGACAAGAUUCUUCAGAGGCUCCAAUCGGACGAUGUCGAAGGCUGGAAGCUCCCCGAUUAUCCUGGGCUCUCUUAUGAGAAGGGUAAAGAAAGUCACAAGGGGACGAAGUGAGGUACCAGAAACAGGCAACAGAUUGAUGCGGCUAUGAAUGGUUACGAGCUCUGGGCUAUAGCGUUGUUUCGAGUUCGAGGUCACCCGCUUCUCUUAUCCAGUUGUCCGUUGGGGGAAUCUACGUUCUUACACGACUCAGCAGUCAUUGAGUGUUUUCAUAAUUACGUAUGUGUACAUGGCUCAAAGAAAAGUUAUCUAAAAAUUGGCCAUGACU